AUGACGCAAAACUGGGCACAUCAUGAAAUGAAGAGGCACUAUCAUCGCGCCGCGCGCGAUCUCACCGACAAGGACAACGGCUGGCAUCUCGGAGCAGUGCAUAUGAGCGCCGAGCAAGUCCUGAACUUUCGGAUCGAAGACAUGGCCGUGCGGAUGCGCUCGCUGGCUCCGGAACUAUGGGAGCUUGUCACGUUCUUGCUGUUAGGUCGCAAGCUCUGGACCACCGCCGGAGAGGAGGAUACCGAGGAUCAGACUCUCAGUCUGGACGAGCUAGAGUUGUGGCGAGAGCUCGAGACGCUCGGUGAUGGCGGUGUUCAAGAGAUGGGCCCUUCUGUACCUGCGAAGCAUGAUCGGGUUAAAUUACGGCGGGCGUUGUGUCAUUUGAAGACGGUUGUAAUACUGUCGAUACUCAUGCGUUCCCUUAACCAACAAUGUAACGCGUUCGCCGCCGUUAACGGAAUAUUCUUCCAUUCCUGCAAUACACCAGACAAGGUUGUUAAGAGCCUUGCACACAUGGGCAUCUCAACAUCAUUGUCGACAAUCAACAACGCAGUUCAUUCGCUGACUUGCGAAAGUGCGGACCAUGUUCGCACGCUGGGCCAGUCCCUCCGAGCAAUGUUUGCAUACGACAAUUGCGAGCUUACCCUGAACACCAUGACUCCAACCAUCGAGCAGUCCGGCGAUUGA